AUGAGUUCCACAGGUGCCAACCAGCGGGCUGGAGCCCCAACCGCCUCAGCCCAGCCAUCCAUCCCGGUCUUCUUCAAAGACUGCGUGCUGGUCCACUACACUGGCACGCCCCUUAUCGGAACCCUUGGCGGGAACCCUGCCAGAGCUCCCCAGGGUAUCCAAGUGCGGGUGAUUUCGGCCCGGUACCAGGACUCCAACCCCUAUAUCGGGAUCAACCUCCGCUUCCCGCUGCCGGCGAACCAAGCCUCGAACGAAGAGGCGGGAGGCAGCAGCUGCGGCUGGGGCCGUGGCGGCGGUAGUCGGGGUAGUGGCGGUGGUAGCAGGGGCGGCGGCGGCGCAGGCCGGCAGAAGGAGCCGACCUUCAGAGUUGACAAGGGCAACGGGCAAAUCGCCCACAUAUCGGCUCCUUUCCUGCAGCACAUCUACCGCCGGAUAGAGGAGACCGGCCACGUGGUGCGGCUGAACGUGGGGGCCGGGGCCAUGUAA